UGGACUACAGCUGCAGAGGGCAAUGACUGGUUCUGUGACAAUGACUCCGGGGAAAUCAGAGCAUCGCCCACAGCACAUUGUUACCUCUAUGAGAACUGACUUCCAGGUGUUCCCAGAAAACAGAGCGGUCCCCACGCUGGACAGGAGAAAAGAUGACAGUUGCUGAGACUGGGUGGUAACGGCUCUCAGGUGCCCCUCAUUCAAAAUGCCUUUUAAAGCCUUUGAGACCUUCAAGGAAAAAUUUCUGAAACCUGGGAAGGAAGGAGUGAAGAACGCCGUGGGAGAUUCGUUGGGGAUUUUACAAAGAAAACUUGAUGGGACUAAUGAGGAAGAAGACAACAUUGAGCUGAAUGAAGACGGACGGCCUGUGCAGGCAUCAAGGCCAAGUCCCCCAUUCUGUGACUGCCGCUGCUGUGGCAUCCCCAAGCGUUACAUCAUUGCCAUCAUGAGUGGGCUGGGCUUCUGCAUUUCCUUUGGGAUUCGGUGCAAUCUUGGAGUAGCCAUUGUGGAAAUGGUCAACAACAGCACUGUAUAUGUCAACGGAAAACCAGAAAUUCAGACGGCACAGUUUAACUGGGAUCCAGAGACAGUGGGCCUGAUCCACGGAUCUUUCUUCUGGGGCUAUAUUGUGACACAAAUUCCAGGCGGUUUCAUUUCAAACAAGUUUGCUGCUAACAGGGUCUUUGGAGCUGCCAUCUUCUUAACAUCAACUUUGAACAUGUUCAUUCCUUCUGCGGCCAGAGUGCAUUAUGGAUGCGUCAUGUGUGUCAGAAUUUUGCAAGGUCUAGUGGAGGGUGUGACCUACCCCGCCUGCCACGGGAUGUGGAGUAAGUGGGCACCACCAUUGGAGAGAAGCCGGUUGGCCACAACCUCUUUUUGUGGUUCCUACGCAGGGGCAGUGGUUGCUAUGCCCCUGGCAGGGGUGCUAGUGCAGUACAUUGGAUGGUCCUCCGUCUUUUAUAUUUAUGGGAUGUUUGGGAUCAUUUGGUACAUGUUCUGGCUGCUGCAGGCCUAUGAGUGCCCAGCAGUUCACCCAACAAUAUCCAGUGAGGAGAGGACGUAUAUAGAGACAAGUAUAGGAGAAGGAGCCAACUUGGUUAGUCUAAGUAAAUUUAAUACACCAUGGAAAAGAUUUUUCACGUCAUUGCCGGUUUAUGCAAUCAUUGUGGCAAAUUUUUGCAGAAGCUGGACCUUUUAUUUGCUUUUAAUAAGUCAGCCUGCUUAUUUUGAAGAGGUCUUUGGAUUUGCAAUAAGUAAGGUGGGUCUCUUGUCAGCAGUCCCACACAUGGUGAUGACGAUUGUUGUACCUAUCGGAGGACAAUUGGCUGAUUAUUUAAGAAGCAGAAAAAUUUUGACCACAACAGCUGUCAGAAAAAUCAUGAACUGCGGAGGCUUUGGCAUGGAGGCGACCUUACUCCUGGUGGUUGGCUUUUCCCACACCAAGGGGGUGGCUAUCUCCUUUCUGGUGCUUGCUGUAGGAUUUAGUGGCUUUGCUAUUUCAGGUUUUAAUGUCAACCACCUGGACAUUGCCCCCCGCUAUGCCAGCAUUCUUAUGGGUAUCUCAAAUGGAGUAGGGACCCUGUCUGGAAUGGUCUGUCCCCUCAUUGUUGGUGCGAUGACCAAGCACAAGACUCGUGAGGAAUGGCAGAACGUGUUCCUCAUAGCUGCCCUGGUGCACUACAGUGGUGUCAUCUUCUAUGGAGUCUUUGCUUCUGGGGAGAAACAGGAGUGGGCUGACCCUGAGAAUCUCUCUGAGGAGAAAUGUGGGAUCAUCGACCAAGAUGAAUUAGCUGAGGAGACAGAACUCAACCACGAGACUUUUGUGAGUCCUGGAAAGAAGACAUCCUAUGGAGCCACCACCCAGAAUUGUGAAAUUCAGAGGAAGGAAUGGAGGGGUCAGAGAGGAGUGACCCUUGAUGAAGAAGAGUUGACCUCCUACCAGAACGAAGGACGAGACUUCUCAGAUACAUCCUAAUGUCGGAGGGACACUUCCACCUUGUGCUCACCUUAGGACCAGAAAGUAUCCAUGCCUAUUGCCUUCCCCUUAGCUGCUCUUGCCAGAGUAUGGGCACACUGGAGGUAGGAGGGUGAGGGGACGAGGUCGAAUCAACAAUAGAGCAGAAUGUCAUCUUGUAAUGAUACUCAUGGGGGUGGAGCUUGUGUUCAGUUGGUAAAAUAGCUGAUUACAUUUUUUUUGGACUUGUAAUUGAUUCAUCUCCCAAAGAAGAAAACUUGUUCAGAAAGAGUAAGGAAGAAAAUACUAUGUUGAUCAAAGAGACACUGAAGGAAGUGGGAAUAUUUGUCCUGCAGGAGAGUAAACAAUAUUUGCUAUCCCAUCGUAACUGUAGAGGUAUAGAGGGGGCUCCCUAUUCCUAAAAACUCUGCUGCUCUUGGAGGCCCUGUGUUGUGCCAGGUGCUUUAUAAACAUUAUUAUUUGAUCUCCAUUACCCUAUGACAUCUAUUUCUUAUCCCUAUUUUACAACUAAGGGAACUAAACCAAUAAGAGAUUAACUUGUCUAGGGUUAUUGCACCAGGGCCAAUGCUGUAGCCCCAGAAAAAAAGUAGUUUUAGAGAUGAAGAUUUCAGCUCAGUAGGAAAGAUAAUUUUAAUAAAGAAAAUUGAAACUGAAAUGAGUUGUCUUGUGGAUAAUCUUCUAUUUUUGUCAGGUAUAGAGGAUGAAAAAAAUGAGAUUGAUAUGGAGAAGAUUAUUAUUUAAACAUUGUCUAGAGGGCUGGACUCAAAGACCUCUAGGGUCUUAAGCAUUAUCUGAAAAGUCACAUGAUUUCAUGAGUUCAUAGUUUUUUUUAGAUAAUAAGAGUCAUUAUCUUAUUCGAAUUGGUUUAAAAAUGUGAAACAAGAUAGCCAAAUUUCUUGAAAUCUGAUGAUCAGAAUGGCAGAAAAGAAGUAAACAAGGAAUUAGCUACUAAAUUUCAACUCUCUAUAGUUAGUCAACAAUGUUAAGGUUAAUUAUCAUCCCAAAUUACUCAUAAUUACUCAUAGCAAUGACAUUUAAUAAUUUAAGAAGUAGGUUCUUGUGUUUCAUUAGGUAAAAUUUUCAAGUUUUCUGUUAAAACAUGUCUGCUCUUUCUGCUGAUGAUUAUACUAGAAAUUAUGAUCAAAUUAUUCAAAACUAUGACUGAGGUAUUCUUAAUGACUCUAUUUGGGAUGAUAUUCAGGGAAGUUGCAAUAAUACAGCAAUAGUUUUGUAGAGAAAUAUUAGAAAGGAAAUAUCUGGGACAACUAGAUCCAUUGCACUGGAAAAUUCAUCUUUGUAAAGGCAAUAAUAUGGAUACUCUCUAGAAAUAUUUCAAAAUAUAAUGUUGGCAUGUAAAAUAUUAUUUGAAAAUAAAGUUAUUUUCUUGUUAAUUUGUUUUAAAAUUUUUAUUUCUACAUUUAAAAGAAAAAUUAAAUAUUGUAGAAAAAUUAUAAACUUAUAGUUUUAUCAUUGUAAAGUGCUUUUUCUAAUUUCUUCCAUUUAUAUGUUUCUGGUACCUGUUGUGACAGUGAAGUUGUGGCAUAUUUUAUAAAAAGGAUAAUCUUAAGAAAAAAGAAUUUCUUGACUAUGAAACAAUAUUUGGCAUAUAAUUUAUAUCAUAAGACAUCUUUAGGUCUCUUUAAUGAAUGAAUCCAUGUAAGUCCCUUAGAAUAGUUUCUGGCAUGUAGAAAGUGUUCAUUAAUAGCUCAUAAUCAAUAUAUUUGAACAAUUUGGGGGCAUUUUUCAGUUUAAAAGAAAGCAUGCUAUGCCUUUUCCAUCCAUUAGCUACAGAAUUUACUGUGAAAGUCGUGCUGUUUUCUAAGUAAAAAAAAAAAAAAGAAGUUCACGUUGGCUGGCUGUAUUUUAUUUUUGUUGUGUUAAUAAAGUCAAAUAACAGUAUUUAAAAACUCCAUGAUAAUCUUUAAGGUAAUUUUAUUUUGUUACACAAAGUUGUAUUUAUUACACAUUUAAUGUUGAUAUGAUUUGUAGAAAUUUUGCCUGUUACUUUUCCUUAUUGUAUUUUUUACAAAUAGAGCCCAGGAUCAUGGUGCUGAGAGCUAGAAGACAUUUAUUUCUUGUGAUGGAUUGUUCUCUCUAUAGGUUGCAUUAGACAGAUAAUUACAGCUGAACAUAAGACAGAUGCAGUGCACAAGUCAUUGUACAUUUUGCUGCAAAUGUCCGUGUGAAGAGCAACUGUUGGAGGCAAAGCACGGUUUCUGGUAGGAAGGGAAAGAGGCCUGAGGAUGCUGGAUUCUUAAGAAAGAUCUGAUGGUAAACAAUGAAAAUUUUGGAGAGACUCCUGAAUAGGACAACAAUAUUAAUUAUUAUUCAAGAAAUAAUGAUUCAUUUUUUGCCCCUGCAUGAAUGUUAAAUUUAUGAGGUUAAAAGUGGAAUGUACUGCUUCUAUUUCACACUCCCUCCUUGCAACCCCAACAAAUCUGGUCUUCCCUUUCUGUUUCUUACCUCAGUUACUCACAUCACCCUUUUGCUCAAGCUAUAACUUGUGGAUAUCUUUGGCUUAAAAUUUCCUUCUUUUUUUUCCAGGCCAAAUUAAUUUAAUUUAGUUUCAAAUAUGUAGAUCCAUGACUCACAUCAACUUUGGAAAAAUUCUCAGCCUUACUUCCUAAGAUAUUUGACCGCAUUCUCUCUCUACUCUGUUUCUAGGGGUCCAGUUAAAUGAAUGAUACAUUCGCGUAUGAAGAUCUCUGACCAUGUCUUUUGCAUUUUUCAACUCUUAACAUUUUAUGUAUAAUUAUAGUUACUGUCAUCUGACUUUUUUUAUUUAUUUCUAUGAUGGAAAUCCAACCACUGUAC